AUAAUCCCAAGGAAAAUACCGAAAGAAGGUGAAAAAUUUUGGAACUCCACGGUGAAAAAGGCGAGGAAACAUGCCAGGCUCAGGAGCAGACCCAAAGGGAGAAGAUUUCUCAACCGCCAUCCUGAAGCAAAAACACAGACCCAACAGGCUGAUCGUGGAUGAAGCCCUGAACGAAGACAGCAGCAUCGUCAGCCUGUCACAGAACAAGACCGAAGAGCUGCAGCUCUUCCGCGGGGACACCGUGGUGUUGAAAGGACGAAAACGGAGGCAAACUGUGUGCAUCGUCCUGACCGAUGAGACCUGCGGGGUUGAGAGGAUACGGAUGAACCGAGUGACGCGCAACAACCUGCGUGUUCGGCUCGGCGAUGUCAUCAGCAUCCACGCCUGCCCGGAUGUCAAGUAUGGAAAAAAGAUCCACGUCCUCCCCAUCGAAGACACCGUCGAGGGCCUGACGGGGAACCUCUUUGAAGUUUUCCUCAAGCCGUACUUCCUGGAGGCUUACCGGCCCAUACACAAUGGGGACGUCUUUUUGGUGAGGGGGAGCAUGAGGGCUGUGGAGUUCAAGGUGGUAGAGACGGACCCCAGCCCUCACUGUAUCGUGGCCCCAGAUACCGUCAUCUACUGUGAAGGAGAGCCGAUCAAAAGAGAGGAUGAAGAGGAGAGUCUGAAUGACAUCGGCUACGAUGACAUCGGAGGCUGUCGAAAGCAACUGGCUCAGAUCAAAGAGAUGGUGGAGCUUCCUCUCAGACAUCCGGGACUCUUUAAGGCUAUAGGAGUUAAGCCCCCCAGAGGUAUCCUGCUUUAUGGCCCUGCAGGCACAGGGAAGACCCUGGUGGCUCGAGCUGUAGCCAAUGAAACUGGGGCCUUCUUCUUCCUCAUUAAUGGUCCGGAGAUCAUGAGUAAGUUGGCAGGAGAGUCAGAAAGCAACCUAAGGAAGGCGUUUGAGGAGGCGGAGAACAAUGCUCCAGCCAUCAUCUUCAUUGAUGAGUUGGACGCCAUCGCUCCCAAACGAGAAAAGACUCACGGGGAAGUGGAGAGGCGUAUUGUGUCGCAGCUUCUGACGCUGAUGGACGGCUUGAAGCAAAGAGCCCACGUGGUUGUCAUGGCAGCAACAAACCGACCAAACAGCAUCGACCCCGCUCUUAGGCGCUUCGGCAGGUUUGACCGUGAGAUUGACAUUGGAAUCCCAGAUUCGACUGGAAGACUGGAGAUCCUGCAGAUCCACACCAAGAACAUGAAGCUGGCCGACGACGUCGACCUGGAGAAGAUAGCUACAGAGACCCAUGGACACGUGGGCGCCGACGUCGCUGCUCUGUGCUCAGAAGCUGCUCUGCAGGCCAUCAGAAAGAAAAUGACGCUUAUAGACCUGGAGGAUGAAACCAUCGACGCCGACCUGCUGAACUCGCUGGCCGUCACCAUGGACGACUUCCAGUGGGCACUGAGUCAAAGCAACCCUUCAGCUCUGAGAGAGACGGUGGCAGAGGUGCCUCAAGUCAACUGGGAGGACAUCGGAGGACUCGCCGAGGUCAAGAGAGAACUUCAAGAGCUUGUUCAGUACCCUGUUGAGUAUCCUGACAAGUUCCUAAAGUUUGGGAUGACCCCGUCCCGUGGCGUUUUGUUCUACGGCCCUCCGGGUUGUGGGAAGACGCUCCUGGCAAAGGCCAUCGCCAACGAGUGCCAGGCGAACUUUGUCUCCAUCAAAGGGCCCGAGAUGCUCACCAUGUGGUUUGGCGAAUCCGAGGCCAAUGUCAGAGACGUGUUUGAUAAGGCCAGACAGGCAGCCCCCUGCAUCUUGUUCUUUGAUGAGUUAGACUCCAUUGCCAAAUCCAGAGGUGGAGGAGCUGGGGACGCAGGUGGUGCAGCGGACAGAGUCAUCAAUCAGAUACUCACAGAGAUGGACGGCAUGUCCGACAAAAAGAACGUUUUCAUCAUUGGUGCAACAAACAGACCGGACAUCAUUGAUCCGGCCAUCCUGCGACCGGGCCGACUGGACCAGCUCAUCUACAUCCCGUUGCCAGACAAGCCUUCUCGCACAGCGAUCCUUAAAGCCAACCUGCGCAAAUCACCUGUUGCAAAAGACGUGGACCUGGAAUUCCUGUCUGGGAUCACAGAGGGAUUCUCCGGAGCCGACCUGACGGAGAUCUGUCAGCGGGCCUGCAAACUGGCCAUCCGGGAGGCCAUCGAGGCCGAAAUCAAGGCGGAGCGCCAGAGACAGAGCCGACCAGGCAUCCCUAUGGAUGAGGACUUCGAUCCGGUCCCAGAGAUCAGGAAGGACCACUUUGAAGAGGCAAUGAGGUUUGCUCGCCGUUCUGUCAGCGACAACGACAUUCGCAAAUACGAGAUGUUUGCUCAAACUCUGCAGCAGAGCAGAGGAUUCGGAAACUUCAGGUUCCCCUCUGCUUCCGGUACCCGCUCUGGACAUCAGGACUCGGGUUCUGGGUCAGAGAGUCAGUACAGAGAAGAAGGGGGUGACGAUCUCUACCAGUAAAAUAAAGCUUCACAAUCCUUAAAGGAAUGCAUAUCGCC